ACCACAUAUCUGUAUUUAUACCCAUCUUCUCUCUCACAUUUCUUAACCAAAAUCAUUCUUUUAAAAAUAUUUCAUUACAACGAUGUCGAAGUUGCAUUUGCAUUUUCAUUUUCUUUCGCUACUUUUACUCUGUUGCGUCUCCCAUGCAAGCAUUUUUACUUUAAAAAUUCAUUUUACUGGUAUUGUGGCCUGUCGUCCCCACCAGAUUCAAGCUUUUACACAGUUCAUGAACGAGUUUGACACCCGUGGUUGCAACCACAGUGACCACUUUAAUGGAGUUUGGUGCGAUAACGCGACGGGUGCCGUCACAGUGCUACAGCUAAGGGAAUGUCUCCGUGGAACUCUGAAGCCCAGCAGCAGCCUCUUCGGGUUUCAUCAGCUUCGUUACGUUGAUCUCCAAAACAAUAACUUUGCCUCCUCUUCACUCCCUUCCGAGUUUGGAAAUCUCAAAAGAUUAGAGGGUUUGUUUCUUUCCUCUAAUGGCUUCCUCGGCCAAGUCCCUUCCUCAUUCAGUAACCUAAGCCUGCUUUCUCAAUUAGACAUUUCCUAUAACAAGCUCACUGGUAGUUUCCCACUUGUACGGAGUCUAAGCAAGCUCGCUGUUUUAGACCUUUCAUAUAACCACUUCUCCGGGACUCUCAAUCCCAACAGUAGUCUCUUUGAAUUUUACCACCUACGUUACCUUGACCUCUCUUUCAACAACUUUAGUUCCUCACUCCCUUCCAAAUUUGGCAACCUCCACAGAUUAGAGUACUUGUUUCUUUCCUCUAAUGGGUUUUCUGGUCAAGUUCCUUCCACAAUUAGUAACCUGACCCGGUUAACUAACUUGCGGCUUGACCGAAACGAGCUCACUAGUAGUUUCCCACUUGUACAGAAUCUAACCAACCUCUCCGUAAUAGACCUUUCACAUAAUAAUUUUUUUGGAGUCAUCCCUUCUUCUCUCCUCACUCUACCUUUCUUAUCAAAACUUGAUUUGCGUGGAAACAAUCUUGCUGGUUCAAUCGAAGUUUCUAACUCCCCUACCUCAUCUAGGCUUGAGUUCAUGUACCUUGGGGUUAACCAUUUUGAAGGAAAAAUCCUAGAGUCUAUCUCAAAGCUCACCAAUCUUAAGUAUCUUGACCUUUCUUUCCUAAACACAAGCUACCCAAUAGACUUAAACCUCGUCUCCUCUCUAAAAUCUUUGACGUCUCUCGACCUUUCCGGCAACAGAAUAUCUGCGGACAGUUUAAGUUCAAAUUCAUACAUCCCGUUGACCUUGGAAAUGUUGACCUUGAAGCACUGCGACAUCAACGAGUUCCCGAGCAUCUUAAGGACCCUUGAGAAGUUGCAGUUUCUAGACUUAUCCAACAAUAGAAUGGAAGGAAAAAUCCCUGAGUGGUUAUGGAGCCUUCCUCGUCUGAGGUCAGUGAUUAUUGAAAAUAAUUAUUUUACAGGUUUCCAAGGUUCGGCGGAAGUUUUAGUAAAUUCGUCAGUGAUGUUUUUAUUGUUGGAUUCAAACAUGUUUGAAGGAGCAUUUCCUAAUCUACCGCUCUUUAUCAAAGGCUUCUCUGUGGGUAGAAAUAAUUUUGCAGGUGAGAUACCUCUUUCAAUCUGCAACAUAAGCUCUCUCACUAGUAUCGAUCUAUCCUACAACAACUUCACUGGUCCGAUUCCUCAAUGUUUGAGUAAUUUGGAACUUAUGUAUCUCCGGAACAACAACCUGGAAGGAAGUAUCCCUGACGCCGUCUGUGCCGGUGCCUCUCUACGGACACUUGAUGUUAGCUAUAACCGAUUAACAGGGAAGCUUCCAAGGUCUCUUGUGAAUUGCUCAUCUCUUAAGUUUCUAAGCGUCAUAAACAACAAAAUUGAAGACAAGUUUCCCUUCUGGCUCAAAGCUCUACCGAAUUUGCAAGUCCUCACCCUCCGCUCAAACAAAUUUUUUGGUCCUAUCUCUCCUCCUCGUCAAGGACCUCUCGGGUUUCCAGAGCUAAGGAUAUUUGAGAUUUCCGACAAUAAGUUUAGUGGAAGCUUGCCGCAUGAUUACUUUGUGAAUUGGAAAGCAUCAUCAACCGAGAUGAAUGAGUAUGGGGGUUUAUAUAUGGCAUACGAGAAGUUGAUGUAUGAUCAAGGCGGCUAUGGUUAUAUGGAUGCUAUAGAUUUACAAUACAAAGGUUUACACAUGGAGCAAGCCAAGGUCCUCACUUCCUUUGCCACCAUGGAUUUUUCUGGGAACAGACUGGAAGGACAGAUUCCUGAAUCUAUUGGUCUUUUGAAGGCACUGAUUGCGCUCAACCUAUCGAACAACGCCUUCUCAGGCCAUAUUCCUCUGUCUGUGGCCAAUCUUAAGGAGCUCGAGUCACUAGACAUGUCAAGAAACCAACUCUCGGGGACUAUUCCUAAUGGACUCGGGAGCCUCUCGUUUUUGGCGUUCAUAAAUGUGUCUCAUAACCAACUCAAGGGUGAAAUACCACAAGGUACGCAGAUUACUGGGCAAGCUAAAUCCUCCUUUGAAGGGAAUGCAGGGCUCUGUGGUCUCCCUCUGGAUGACACUUGCUUCAGCACUAGUGCACCUCCGUUGCAACACCAUGAGCAAGAAGAGGAGAAAGAAGAAGAAGAAGAAGUGUUGAAUUGGAAAGCAGUGGCAAUAGGGUACGGGUCUGGAGUGUUGCUUGGAUUGGUAAUAGCACAAGUCAUUGCUUCAUACAGGCCGGACUAUUUCGUUUUUUAGUUUUGUCCUUUGGUUGUCUGUCAAGUUUUUGUUGGUCUUGUAAUUGAAGUUUCUUCUGUGUUUGUUUUA